CGGCGCCUCUGCCGUGAGGCGGGAAGAGCGUCGCGCAUCCGGUGACGUCUCCCGAGGGCGUCGGCAGGGUCGGCGGCGUCGGCAGCCGUGUCGGCGGCGUCCGGAGGAAAAUGGCGGAGUACUUGGCCUCCAUCUUCGGUACCGAGAAAGACAAAGUCAACUGUUCAUUUUAUUUCAAAAUUGGAGCCUGUCGUCAUGGAGACAGAUGUUCUCGGUUGCACAAUAAACCGACCUUUAGCCAGACCAUCUUGAUUCAAAACAUCUAUCGUAAUCCCCAAAACAGUGCACAGACGGCUGACGGCUCACACUGUGCCGUGAGUGACGUGGAGAUGCAGGAGCACUAUGACGAGUUCUUCGAGGAAGUCUUCACCGAGAUGGAAGAAAAGUAUGGAGAAGUCGAAGAGAUGAACGUCUGUGACAACCUGGGAGAUCACCUAGUGGGGAACGUGUAUGUCAAGUUUCGCCGUGAGGAGGAUGCAGAGAAGGCUGUGAUUGACUUGAAUAACCGUUGGUUCAACGGGCAGCCCAUUCACGCAGAGCUGUCCCCGGUGACAGACUUCAGGGAAGCCUGCUGCCGCCAGUAUGAAAUGGGAGAGUGCACUCGAGGAGGCUUCUGCAACUUCAUGCAUCUGAAGCCGAUCUCCAGAGAGCUGCGGCGGGAGCUGUACGGGCGCCGGCGUAAGAAGCAUAGAUCCAGGUCCAGAUCCCGGGAGCGGCGCUCUCGGUCCAGAGACCGUGGUCGUGGUGGUGGCGGAGGUGGUGGAGGUGGCGGAGGACGUGAGCGCGACAGGAGGCGGUCGAGAGAUCGGGAAAGAUCGGGACGAUUCUGAGCCGUGCUGUUUUUACCGUGUGUCUGCUAGACAGUGUUGUAGUUGAUUGACAAGCCAGUUCAUAAUGGGAUUUUUUUUAAAAAACAACAAAAAAAAACAAAGAUGGGUUUCUGAAUAAAAUUUGUAGUGAUACAGUA